ACUAGCACUGUUCUGUUGGUUUCUAUAGGGACCAUGGAUUCAAAGGCACAGCACAACCGAAUGGAUGAUGACAAGUACUUGCAUCAGGCGCGUCAAGAGAUGGACAAGAAUAUGCAGCGAGAGCGAGAGGUGAUGGACAAGAAUCUGAAGCAGGAGCGGGCAACCGUGGACCGCAUGAGGAAGGAGGAGCGUGCAGCCGUGGAACAGAUGAUGACUGAGGAGCGUGCAGCCAUGGAUCAGAGGUUGAAGCAUUUCCAUGACGAUAUGGACCUAAAGUUGAAGCAGGAGCGCAAGGACCUGGAUCGCGCUAUGCAGCUCGAGCGUGGCAGGAUGGAAUUCAAUAUCAUGCAGGCGUGUGCGAACAUGGACCGUAUGUUGCAGCAGGAGCGUAAUGACAUGAAUCACAAGGCCAAGAUGGAGGGGAUCCGACUGGAAGGGAAUAUGAUGCAAGACCGCGUUCUACAUCUCGAGCGUGGUAAAAUGGGCUUCAAUAACAUGCAGACGCGUGCGGGCAUGGACCUUAACUUACCAAAGGACCACAAUGAUCUGGAUUACAAGGCCAAGAUGGAGCAGAUCCGCAUGGAAGGAAAUACGAUGCAGGAUCGUGCUAAUACACGUCUGAAGGUACGUUCCUUUACUAAGAUUAUUAUUCAUUAUGUUAUCCACACACAAAGCAAAAUCAGUUUGUAACCACAGCAGGCUCAGCAGGAUGAGAAGGCCAAAAUGGAGGAGAUCCGCAUGGAAGGGGGUAUGAUGCAAGACCAUGCUAGUACAGGCACGAAGGUACCUUUCAUUAUUUACUUAUUAUUCAUUAAAUUAUCCACACACAAACGAAAAUCAAUUUAUAUCAACAGCAUGCUCAGGCACAACAAGACAUCAGUACACUAGAGCAAUCUGUCUCAUCACCACCUCCGCAGGCAAAAUGCGACAUCCCACCACCGGAACAAUCUGUCUCAUCACCACGUCGCCGAGUAAGUAUGCUUUACAAAUGGUAUGCACAUCCUACGUAUGAACACUUUAAUAUUGUGCAAAAACUGAUGUCAACGAGCCGUAUGUAGGUAGUUGUAAUGCAAUUUAUUGUUCAUGUGGACGAAGAACUUUCUCAUGUUCCUCAAGCAUACCACAACAAGAAACCUGGUAUGACGACAGUAGUUGAACCUGGCAAGGUGGACUGGCAGAUAAUGGUGAAAAAUUUGCGUUACCAUGGGUACAAAGGGGAAGCAGAUUUGUACUACAUCAAGCCUGGGUGCGUACCACCUGAAGGAAUGGUACAGAUGUCAGGCCAGCAUGACGUUGAUGAAAUGUUGCACGCUUUAGAAGGGAUAAAGAAAUGUCAUUUGUACAUUGUGAAGAAUUGUGCAUUCUUAGAUAAUAGCGAUGAUGACAUGUCUGAACAGGACAUGUCCGAAGAAGACAUAUAUGCAUGUGGGUACAUGGAUAUCGGCGAGAGGGACUUGGGCGAAUAUGGGUCAUCGCCCAAAAGGAAGAAACUUGCAGAUAACAAUCCGAAGAAGGCAUUGGAUUUCGGCAGCAGUGACAAGCCUCUUCAGUAGGCUUUUGGUUUUUCUACAAUUUCAAGCUUUAUAGCUGAACUAUUGUCCCAAGUAGUUUUUUCAUUAUUUUUGAACCAACAAUCACUUCAUUGAAGUGACAAUUGUGAGACUAUGUUUACAAUAAUAGGCUUUCAACUUUGAGUUGUUGCUCAAUUUUUAGAUGAAAGGUUCCUUUGCUGCCCGCACACUUAAUUGUGGCUUUUACUAUUUUUGUAUUGCAUGUGCUGCACUAGUCCAAACCAGUUUUAUGUUCAUAAUGUCAAUUAAACGAGGGACUCCACUUGAAAUCAAUGGCGGAGCUUCAAAGAAAUCUUAGGAGGGGUGAAGCUACAUUUUCUAUGGUUCGAGGGACUCCAAGUAUGAUCUACAUCGACUCAUCUUCUUCCGCUGCAACUCGGAGUCGGUAACGAUCGCACUCAAACCGUUGAUGCAUCUUCAUGUUAUUCCUGGGCGGCACAGCA